UCGGCGUCGAGACACCACGUCGGGAACCGGGGCAGUAUGGCCGACUUUUCUGCACUUAUCGGACGUCAUCAGUCGGCCUGGAUGACGUCAUAUGUCGCGAAAAAACAUCCACUGGUGAAAUGAUUCGAUUCGGGAAUUACUUUCUAGUGACACUUAGUGAUAGUGGACUAGAUUAAGUAGUUCAGGAUUUUCUCCAUCAGGGAGAAGCGCCACACAUCAAGCUGGAUUCGAGAAUGUCAUUGCUGAGUGUUACAGUUAAGAAAGCCCGUUACGUUGGAGCUCAAGCUGCCCAAUUCAAUACUUACGUUACUCUGAAGCUUCAAAACGUCAAAUCUACAACUGUAACAGUUAAAGGAGCAUCGCCAUGUUGGGCACAAGAUUUUUUAUUCGAAACAAGCAAUCUAAAUACAGGGUUAUUAAUAGAGGUAUGGAGCAAGGGCAUGAUAUGGGAUCGUGCAAUGGGAUACCAUUGGAUACCUUUACAGACAGUCCACUAUACAAUCGAGGAGGGUACUGGCCAAUGGUUAUCAUUAGAUGCAGAACUAGUAAUGAAAGACGGAGAAGUAGUUGGUACGAAAAUGGCAACCGGACAUUCUUUGCUGGUCGAUUGCCGCUUCGAACUGCCUUUCGAUCCUGAGAAUAUGGACGCAUCUGAUUUACAAAGAAAAUUAGAAACCUUAAACAAAUGGAUAGACAUGGAGGCCAGAACUGAGCAGGCCAACAGACACUUCAACUUCAUUGGUAGAUCCAAUAGUAAUCACUUUGACAAUGACAUUUCAGCGGGAUAUUCGGAGGAUAGCGAUUACACAUCCGAUCUGAAUUAUCCAGUUGGACAACAUGCGAAUUCUUCCGCGUCUCAAUUCCGCACCGCUGCUCAUCAAUUGAACACGCCUCAAAGAUCGCUCGAAACGAGUCGAGAGAACUCGUACGAGCGAGAAGAGGGCAGUGGUGCCCAGUAUUUGGUCACACAACCGAUAAUACAUCAACAUCAUUUAAGUCCAGGCGGUCAUCGGAGGACCCAACAACAAUCCUCAAAGGUAAAUAUACAUUCCGCAUGA